CUCCGGCGAUUUCCCGGAGAAGAAAGGAGGAGAGAGAAGAACUGAGCAUGGAAAGCUUCCUGAGAUGGGCGGCUGAACUAGGGAUUUCAGAUUCUCCUCAAAACGAACAAUCUCCAUCGCAGAAUCCGUCUUUUUCUUGUAUUGGAAAAUCUCUCUGCGUUGAAUAUUUCGCUGAUGCCGGCGGGAGAGGUCUGGCGGCUGUCCGUAAGCUCUGUAAAGGCGAGCUUAUACUUAGGGUUCCUAAAUCAGCGUUAAUGACGAGAGACCGUUUAUUGAAGGAUCAGAGGCUUUCUGCUUCCGUCAACCGAUAUCCGUCUCUUUCCUCCACUCAGGUGUUUGCUACUUGCCUGCUCUAUGAAGUGAACAAAGGAAAGAAAUCUGGGUGGUUCCCUUACCUGAUGCAUCUUCCGCGAAGUUAUGACAUCCUAGCAACGUUUGGUGAAUUCGAGAUUCAGUCUUUGCAAGUAGAUGAUGGUAUUUGGUCAGCUGAAAAGGCUAUUCAAAAGGCUAAACUAGAUUGGCAAGAAGCUACCAGCCUUAUGAAAGACCUUGGCUUCAAACCUUCCCUCCAAACAUUCAAAGCAUGGCUUUGGGCUUCUGCGACGAUUUCCUCCCGGACUUUGCACAUUCCAUGGGACAAUGCUGGUUGUUUAUGCCCUGUUGGGGACUUGUUCAAUUAUGCUGCUCCCGGUUUGGAAGUGAUUGAUGAUCCUUCCUUGGAAAUCAUUUCUUCUAUUGAAGGACAUACUGCGGUGGAAUUGCAUAUACAAGGGGGUGAUUGUGAUGAACAAAGGUUAACAGAUGGUGGUUAUGCAGAAGAUAUUGCGUCGUACUGCUUCUAUGCUAGAAGGAACUAUGAAAAAGGAGAACAGGUCCUUUUAGGUUAUGGAACAUACACAAAUUUGGAAUUACUAGAGCACUACGGUUUUCUUUUGGAUAACAAUCCAAACGAUAAAGUUUACAUACCAAUAGAUUCCGAGAUUUAUUCGCUUUGUCCAUGGUCCAAAGACUUAAUGUGUAUAGAGCCAAACGGUAAGCCAUCAUUUGCUCUACUAUUCUCCGUUCGGUUAUGGCUAAUACCUCCAUUCGAGCGAAAGUCUCAAAUGCAACUUGCUUACUCAGGCUCACAGCUAUCUGUUCAUAAUGAAAUAAACACAAUGAGAUGGUUAAAAAGUAAAUGUGAAGUUGCGGUUAAUAGUUUUUCUAGUUCCGUUGAUGAAGACAGAUUGUUGUUGGUUGAAAUGGAUGAGGUGAUUAAUAAGGAGGUUGGAUCAAAGGCUUAUUAUGAUUUUAUGGAAGCUAGAGGAUUAUUGAGUGGUAAAAAAGAUUGUUCUGAAAAACUUCAAUGUUUACAGGGAAUAAGAUGUAUGAAUAGGUGGAAAUUGGCUGUUAAUUGGAGACUUAAUUAUAAGAGAUGCUUAGAAGACUGCAUUUGUUAUUGUAAUGAGGUAAUAAGUAACUUGAUUUACUAGGGUCUACUUAUUCACAUGCUAGUUCUUUACCAU